AUGGCGAAUGUGGCUCUCAUCGGAUCCACCGGCAUGGUGGGAUCCCACAUCCUCUCCAGCCUCCUCUCCAAUCCGGCCGUCAGUCGUGUCGACACCAUCUCACGUCGCACCCCUAACGUCGCCGGCGAAGCUCCACAAAGCAAGCUCACCACCUUCGUCUCCGGCGACACCGCCACCUGGGGCGCACAGCUCCAGGCCCUCACCCCGACGCCAGGAAUCUUUAUCUCCUCGUUCGCGACAACCCGCGGCGCUGCAGGCGGCUUCGACAACCAGUACAAGAUUGAGCAUGGACUGAACGUUGAGCUGGCGCGCGUCGCUAAGGAAGCCGGUACUAAGGUCUACGUCUUGAUCUCUGCUUCCGGCGCAAACAAGGCUUCCCACAUUCCAUACUCGCGCAUGAAGGGCGAGAUCGAAGAGGACAUCAAGGCGCUCGGCUUUGAACGCACGGUCAUCCUUCGCCCUGGUUUGAUCACUGGAACUCGCGAGGAGAGUCGGCCUCUGGAGGCUGGUAUCCGCUUCAUCGCUGGUUGGGCUGGCAAGCUGCACUCCGGUCUUAAGAAUGGUUGGGCGCAGGACGCGGAUGUUAUCGCCAAGGCGGCGGUUAACGCGGGCCUGAAGGCGUUGGAAGGCGAUGUUCCUAGCGGCAAGGAGAAGGUGUGGAGUAUUGAUGGUUCGGAGAUCAUUGCCCUCGCGAAGUAA